AUGUCGACUAUGAUAGCUCAUGUUCAGAAAGCACUACGGCAUCAUGCACCGAUGAUUCGUUUCAGAUAUGGUUUGAAUCAAGCUGGUACAAACUCAUCAAAUCAAAAAUCAGCCACACACAAACAUGAAGUGCAUAUAAAUAAAAAUACUGCUGCGCCAGUUCCGGCUACAAAUCAAUUAAAAGCUGCUCAUAAGUCAACAUCAUUUGCAUUUUUAGAAACACCUACAAAAUAUCGCCGACGUGCAUUAACACAAGAUGAAAUUGAUCUUAUUGCCAUUGGUGGACUCAAAUAA